GAAGUCUGGAACUAGUUCGACGUGAAGCAAACAUCCAGUUCGUUGGUUUUCGCUAGCUUUGUAAUAUCUAAGAAUUAAGCCAAGUCGCCAUGGGUCGCAACAAGGCCAAUGCCAAGAAGGGAGCGGGCGCGGGAGCUGGAGGAGCUGCUGCUGCUGGCAAAGCAUCUGCCAAGCCAGCUCUAAAUAAAUCAAAGAAGGCCAAAAACGUCUUCAAGGUGACCAACAACAAGGGCAAAAAGAAGCCCAAGGAAGUGCAGGGCAAGCUCAAGCAGCUCAAGGAGACUGUUAAGGCCAAGCAGGAGAAAGCAGAUGCUACGCUUAAGGUGCUCCACAAGGAUAUGGUCGUUAAGAAACCCAAACCGGUUGCCACGCCCAUUAAAAACAAAAAGAAACCACCAGCGAAUGCCAGCAAAGUCUCCGAGUCGCUGGGCAAGCUGAAGUUUUAAAAUAGCCUUCGGCUAAAUAAAUGCAAUCGGUUAAUUAUGUUAGUUCAAAGGAUUAUACAAAUAUAUCUAUGUAUAUAUAGCUGUUCAUUCAGACUGUACGUUUGUUCUAAAAUUGAAAAUGAAGUUUCCUUUUGAAGACCCCAUGGAGUCUACGAUAUUUGACCCUUAUCUCUGCAAGAUGUCCUCAUGAGCUGAGUAAGAGCAUUGACAGCGA